AUGGCAGAUCUCAUGUGGUUAGACAACGUGUCCAAGGAGCAACUAAUCUCCUUCGCACAGAGUCUGGGAGUUGACCACAUAGGCACCACGCGGGAGAUUCGUAAGCGCAUAACUACAUUGGCAGCCAAGGCGCACGGAGACCCGGAAGUAGAAGAACAAUUUUUAAAAAUGGAAGCUGCAUACACAGCAGGUGAGACCGCUUCACGAGACGAAGGCGAUCAAAAGACAACCUUCCCCGCCGAUCAAGACAGAGGGACCGCGAGCACUUUCGCGGAAUCAUCACGGCUACAGCCGCCACAAAUCAACAGGUUACUUCAACAGAACCACAUUGUUACAUUCGCACCCAUCAUCGACCAGGUGAGGAAGUGGUCCGUGAAAUACGACGGCGGGCGAGACCCAUUAGCGUUUGUCGAGAGAUUAGAAGAGCUCUCCGAAGUGUACAUGGUGAAUAUGGACAUUCUUCCAACAGCCAUGCCCGAAUUAUUGUGCGGUACCGCUCUCCAAUGGUAUCGCAACAAUAACGAACAUUGGGAGAGUUGGACCACCUUCAAAGAGGACUUUCUGCGCUUCUUCCUACCAGCACGUUACUUCGAACGCCUCGAAGAUAACAUACGGCAGCGAAGACAACACGUUCGAGAAAAAUACAAGGACUACGUUCUAGCUAUGCAGAGCUUAAUGCGACACGUUGUGUAUAAUCCGGAAGAGCGACUGGAAAGAAUUUUUCGGAAUAGUCACACCGAUUAUUUGCUCUACAUUCAGCGGCGAGAUUUCGAGACGCUGGCCGAACUCAUCACACUGGCAGAAGAGUACGAAGGGAUAUAUAAAGGACAACGACGAGGAGUAGAGCCACCUCGACGCGAGAUGACGAGACACAUCAUAGGUGACCACGAGGUGAGAAAUGUAAGUAGGCCGUUACCACGUCCACCACAACACCACGCAACGGUAGAGGCGCAUCGCCAGCAACCAUCUACGAGUAGAACCUUUAGCCCUGGAAAUAUAUGCUUCAGAUGCGGUCAGGAAGGUCACUAUGCUAGGAAAUGCCGUAAUCCCAAGAAAUUGUGUUGCAGGGAGUGUGGCCGAGCGGACGUGCUAACGAAAGAAUGUUGUCAUAAACAACAGGGAAACGACCAAGGGUUUCGCCAAAGACAAGGCGCGGCGAACCCACGGGACUCAGCGCCGAACAACCAAUAAUUAUGCAUCAGGAACGCGGCCGGCUAUACGCCCUAAUCACGCUGGGCGGAGAACCGGCGGAAGCCGUCAUCGACACCGGCGCUUCGAAAAGUUUUAUAUCACCACGAGUUGCAGAACAUAUGGACGCAACCGGGAACAGUAAGAAGGUGACCGUAGCUAUCGAGAUAGAAAUGGCCGAUGGCACCACCAGCAAGAUUUUCGACGCCGUGGAGACCACCAUUCAACUCGGACAGACAUCGCUAAAGGCAGUGUUACACGUGAUGCCCGGAGCGAUUGAAGACGUCAUACUUGGAUUGGAUACACUGGGGAACAUGGGAGCUAUGGUAUCCUGCGGAGGCCAUCAGGUAGUGCUGAAAGCGUCGGAUGCGCAGCAAUCAACGGCAGCCCGCACCAUUUCAUCCAAAGCCGUAAGCAACGUAACCCUUACUACGCCAGACACACGCCUGCUAAAGCGCAGGAUGACGAAGAAAACCAGACGAAAACUUAAGUGCAGGAGGGUCAAUCGACUCGGGACUUCAUCGGCCGUCAACCAGAGAAACGAAGCGGCUCGUAUACGUGAUUUUUUAGACGAAGAACUUCGAAAAUUUGAAAGCAUGAGUGGAGUGACGACUGUGGCGGAACAUAAAACCACUAUGACCGACAGCCGACCAAUCAAGCAACGAUAUUUUCCGCGGAAUCCAGCGAUGCAGGCCAUCAUCAACGCCGAGAUCGACGAGCUGCUGGCGAAGAAAUGUAUUGAGCCGUCUCACAGCCCACACAGCGCGCCGAUUGUGUUGGCACGGAAGAAGAACGGUAAGUGGCGUUAAUGCGUGGAUUAUCGGCAACUCAACGCCCGAUCUGUACCCGACGCAUACCCCUUACCUAGGAUACAACAUAUACUUGACAAGUUACGAAGAGCAAGGUACAUUAGUAGUCUGGAUCUCAAGAACGGCUACUGGCAGAUACCUUUGGAGCAAGGCAGCCGCCCGUAUACCGCCUUUACCGUACCUGGGCGUGGCCUAUUUCAAUGGCGCGUGAUGCCAUUCGGCUUACAUUCGGCACCAGCGACGUCCCAGAGAGUACUCGACCAGGUCAUAGGCCCGGAGAUGGAACCACACGCCUUCGCCUACCUGGACGAUAUAAUCGUCAUAGGCUCUACAUUCGAGGAACACAUACGGAAUUUGCGAAAGGUACUGCAGAGACUACAGCAGAACAACCUUCGAAUUAACCCUGAAAAGUGCGAGAUUUUUAAGAAGGAACUCCGAUACUUAGGUCAUGUGAUUAGUGACAAAGGCAUCCACACCGACCCCGAGAAAGUUGCAGCAAUCCAGGAGCUGAAGCCCCCAACUAACGUGAAAGAAGUCCGUCAGUAUCUUGGGAUAGCCUCUUGGUAUCGCCGCUUUGUGCCAGAUUUCGCGACCAUGAGCCAGCCGCUCACAGCUCUCUUGAAGAAAGGGAAACACUGGAAAUGGGGACCUGAGCAACAAUCAGCAUUUGAAAGCAUCAAGCAAAAGUUAACGGAGGCUCCCGUCCUGGCAUGUCCGGAUUUCAGCCAGGCAUUCACUUUGUAGACGGACGCCAGCAACAUCGGCCUUGGAGCCGUACUGACGCAGAAUCUGGAAGGAGGAGAACGCGUAAUAGCCUACGCCAGCCGAAAAUUAAAUGAGGCAGAGAAAAACUAUUCAGCUACCGAAAAGGAGUGCCUCGCCAUAGUCUGGGGAAUUCGGAAAAUGAGACCCUACCUAGAAGGAUAUCGAUUUAAGGUGAUAACCGAUCACAUGUCAUUGAAGUGGUUGAAUUCCAUAGAGAGCCCUUCCGGUCGUAUAGCACGAUGGGCUUUAGAGUUACAGCAGCAUACUCUCGACAUCGAAUAUCGUAAAGGGAAACUCAACCAAGUAGCAGACGCACUGUCCCGACAGCCGCUAGAGACCAUAAGGCAAGCGACGACGAUGGCUCCACAAUGCAAAUGGUGGCGAAAGCGAGUAGAAGAAGUUCGCGCAAACCCAGAGAAGUACGCAGAUUAUAUGGAGAAGGAUGGCCAACUUUACCGCCACAUUCCGUGUAGAUCUCAGGAUGAAGUGGCUGUACCCUGGAAGCUAUGUGUGCCUAAACCCCUCCGAAUAAGGGUGCUACAAGAGAAUCACGAUAUACCUAGUGCAGGACACAUGGGCAUACGCCGGACAGUAGCCCGAGUCGCCAACAGAUAUUACUGGCCAGGAAUGUUCGGCGACAUUAGCCAGUACGUACGCCAGUGUGAGUCCUGCCAGAAAUACAAGGAAGGACAGCAGAGACCAGCAGGGAAGAUGCUCUCACAGGUGGCACAAGAACCGUUUGCCACAGUUUGCACCGACUUCAUCGGACCCUUACCGCGAUCAACCCAUGGCAAUACAAUGCUACUGGUGUUUUUCGACCGCUUCAGCAAGUGGGUUGAAUUAGUCCCCAUGAGGCGCGCUACAGCUGAAGGACUUCGUCGCGCAUUUAGAGAGAGAAUCCUCGCGAGAUUUGGCGUUCCGAAGAUCCUUAUUUCGGACAAUGGUGUUCAAUUCACGAGUACAUUAUGGCAACACUAUCUAAAGGGAUUAGGGGUACGCCAGCAAUUCACGGCGCCGUAUACACCUGAAGAAAAUCCCACGGAAAGAGUAAACCGCACGAUCAAGCGAAUUAUUGCACAACUCAGCAAAUCACGACACCAGCAAUGGGACGAUUUUCUCCCAGAGAUUGAGCUGGCAGUAAAUUCCAGCAUCUCGGCCUCCACAGGGUAUAGCCCGGCAUUUCUCGUACAAGGACGAGAACCGCGACUGCCAAAGGCCCUUUUCGACGAAGUUAAUAUCGGCACAGGUAUGAUACCCCCGACGGCUGAAGAAAAGUACGACAGGAUGCAGGAAGCCUUCAGAAUCGUUCGACAAAACAUGGAGAGAGCAUCCAUGGACCAAGCCCGCCACUAUAAUUUGAGGCGUAGAAAAUGGACCCCCGCGAUCGGAGAGCUAGUUCUGGCGAAGGAACAUCAUCUCUCUAAAGCCGCAGACGGUUUCGCCGCAAAGUUAGCCCCGAAGUACGACGGUCCUUAUAAAAUUCUAAGAUACAUUUCACCAGUGAUCGUAUAUGUCCAGAAGAUCGACGGUGGCAAGGAGAAAACAGUGAACAUCAGCGAAUUGAAGCUGUACAACAGUUUCGCGGCAGUGUAAAAUAAAUAAAUAAACAUUACAAAUUUAAAAAUUACAAAUUUAAAAAUUACAAACGUAAAAAUUACAAAUUUAAAAAUUACAAAUUUAAAAAUUACAAAUUUAAAAAUUACAAACGUAAAAAUUACAAAUUUAAAAAUUACAAAUUUAAAAAUUGCAAAUUUAAAAUUUACAAACUUAAAAAUGAAAAUAAAUAUAAAUCCUUACUACAACGAGCAUGUCUACCGACCAAAACGAGUACCAAACGAGUAGAUCAAAAUCAUUCGACCGUGAGACGUCAGUAAGAUUAGACAUCACAAGACUUUUUCUAAGAUAAAUACACACAAGAUGAACGACAACGAUAAAUGGACGCAGAGCGUAAAGCGAUUCCGCGAGCGGAUGGCGGAGGAGCAAAGGAAGCUCCCCAGGAUGCAGCCACUAGAGGCAGCGGGCACUUCAGACACUAGAAGUGCCAGAUCAGCACGCGCAGAGGCUCUGCAAGCAGCGGCGCAACAUCUGGCGCGACGCACAGGGGUAGCAACAGCCAGUCACGGAACCAACGCUUGCGCGGCCGACGUACCCGACGCCGCCACCACUGUGCACACCACCGACCGUAACGACAGGGCAGCUUCCGCAAAGGCUCGCAAGGCGCAAACUGCCAUGAGGCGCUCUAUCGCAGCGCACGUAAGUACGACGCGCCGAGCUUCUUGGACUGCAGCGUCGCAGAGAACCAACCUGGCCGCGGAGCCAUGCGUCGUCGGCAGGAUUAGUAGCAGCGAAGCGUCUACCUCUGACGAUGCCACCGUCCCAUCGAGGUCGCCGGUGAUCGAGCUAUCAUCCGAAAGUGAAGACACGCUACCGGAGAACGAGAAGGCGCAACUUACCUUUCCAGCGGGGCCAAAUGGAGUCUGCCUGUAUCAAGCAGACUUACAAUCUCUGAAGGACGGAUGCUGGCUUACAGACACGAUCAUUGAUGCGUACGCUAAGCACUUGGAAGCAGAAUUUGGACCGAAAGGUACAGUCCUUAGCCCAUUCGUGGUCUGGCAGCUGAACCAGCCAGGAAGACGCGAUGAAAACUUCCGCCGUAUUCACCGCUGGAUUCGCAACAUUGACAUAUUUGGACAGAGGGUAGUACUAGCGCCACACAACACCGAGCACCACUGGUACCUCCUCGCCCUAUCCAACCGCGAGCUCACGCACCACGUCACGGACACAGUCUGCUACCACCAACACCAGAUAUGGACAGCAGAUUCCUGGAGGAGGGGUAAGGUCACCCACGCAACCACGGCCUGGCGCGAAUUCCUCCAGUGGGAAUACAAGGAAAGAGGCGGAGAAGGAGAAUUUGAGUAUCGGGAGCUGCUGCUAGACGUACCCCAGCAAGAAAACACGGAUGACUGCGGUAUCUACGUGCUGGAGACAAUAGAGCGGGUCAUGCGAUACAUCGGACGAGGCGAAGGGGCGCUCGGAUGCAUCUCCGAACCCUUCAUGGCGAAGCUGGCAGCUGAAAAGCGAGCCAAAAUAUUGGCCACCUUCAGACGACACCAAACCACACCCGCGCCCAUCGUUGAAAUACCAGCACCAUCAUCUGCGGAAGUAGAGCUGCCACCCGAAGGUAUAAAAAUCCCUAUCGCCGAAGCAAACGGAACAGCAUUGGAGGCUUUCCCGGAAAUUGCGGAUAGAAUCCGCAGAGGCCUCAAGGACCUCUCAGACGGCAUGGGGAAGCACCGGCUAAAAUUUAAUACAGCCAAGCUCAAAGUGUUCAUGUACCGGUGGGGCGUCCACAUCACAGCAAAGGCCACAACAAAAACCACGGCAAUGGAAGGACCCUAAGGGGAAAUUUUUUUUUUUUCAAACUUUUAUAACUAAAUUAAGUUAUGGUAUUAACAUUUUUAAAGUCUAUUAUAUAGAAGAAAAAAAAAGAGA